AUGUUCUACAUCACCACAUUGAAUUUGGCUCAUAUCCUGAACGCAGAUCUUCCUGCACCUGGUGAUACACUAGAAACAGUGGUUGCUUCUAAUGCAUGGAACCAGUCCGAUUUCCUUUGCAGGAACUACAUCCUAACUGGUUUAAGUGAUGCACUAUACAAUGUGUAUAGUCCAAUUAAGAUCGCCAAGGCUUUAUGGGAGUCACUAGACAAGAAAUAUCAGACUGAAGAUACAGGAUGA